AUGUCUUUCUUAGUUUUUACUUUUGAUCUAUCUAUCUAUCUAUCUAUCUAUCUAUCUAUCUAUCUAUCUAUCUAUCUAAAUUUACAUAUAUAUAUAUAUUUAUAUAUGUUCGUGUCUGUUUAUCGAUCUAUUUCUUUUUUCUCUGUUUAUCUCUCUCUAUAUCUUUUGUAUCUAAUUUUUUUAAUGCCUUUUUACUUUUUUAUGCUUACGCGUUAUUUUUUUUUUUCUGACUUCAUGCCUCUUUCUGCUUUAAAAAAAUAUUUCACUUCUCUCUAUUUCUUUUCUGAUAUUUUUUCUUUUGGUUUUAUUUACAUUUUUUUCUUUUCUUACGCUUAUUUCUCUCUCUUUUUUCUUCAUAUGUUUUACAUCUCUCUCAAAUAUUUUUUCCGCUCUACUCAUCCUUAUCACGGAAGUUUUCUCUCUUUCUCUCUCUUUGUCGUUAGCUCUUUUCAAUACCAAAUCUUUUUUUCUUUGCAGUACCCUUCGUUUCUUUCUUUUCUUCUUUCUUUUCUUCUUUCUUUUGUUCGUUCGUUAUUUCUUUCUUUCUAUCGAUUUAUUUCCUUUUUCAGCUUUUUAUAUCUAUCUAUCUAUCUAUCUAUCUAUCUAUCUAUCUAUCUAUCUUAUAUAGCUAACGUGAAAACCGGAACAACGCUUCGCCCGGGACUCUGUUUCCUGCACACCGUAAACAACAGUACUUUCACUCUUUCUCUGGAACACGGGUAUAACCUUCACAAGCCUCAAAGAACAAACUGCCCUUCGCUAACAUCUCCAUUCCCUACCAAAAGCCAGAAUCCUCAUCCGAAUUCUUUACCUCUUUCUUCUUUUGUUUGGAUUCUAAUUUUCUUUCCCAUUGCGCGCUCUUGCGCCAACAUCUCCACCUUCUCCUUACUGUUUCCUCCUCAUCUUAAUUACCGUCCUCUUGAAUCUGUUCUUACCGCAUCCACCAUAUUCACCCAUUUGUGUUUUUCUCUUAUCCCACUUGGUUAG